AUGGCGAAUCCUAGAAACCCUAGCUUCUUGCUCCUUCUGAUCUUCCUUCUUGAUCGAUUUGGGUUAGAUAUUGAGGUUUUAUCGAUCCUUCUGAGUAAGUUCUUGCCUAUUUUGAUCGUUUUUUACGUUGCAUGUUCUGUCAUCUCAAGUGUUAUGGCAUCCAAACCUCCGGAUAGUUUUGAUAAUCCGAUAAACCCUAGAAUAAAUCGAGAUAGUGGCUUGGAGGAUUUAGGGUUUCAAUCUUUUUCUGAAAGAUUGCAUGGGGAUGUAUUUAUACGGCAGCCGGCUAAUAGUCAAAACCCUAGUCUUGGCAAGGGUUUGUUUGAGGGGAGGCCGAUAAAUAUAGAGGGCAAUCGGGUGUUGCCUAGAAGAGGUGUUGGUCAGCAGGCAUCUUCUGGUCAGAAACCGAUUAACAUAAUCGAUGAACUAGAAAAAAUUACUGAGCCAGUCGUUCUUGAGAAAUAUGAUGUGGAGGCAGGUAAUUCGGGUAGUGGCAAUGGCAUGAAAGGGCAGACUUAUGCGGAGAAGCUGGCAACGGUCAAACCAGUUCAAAAGAUUAACUUCAGAUUCCUGGAAAAUAACAAAGCCGAUGAGGAUGUUGACGCUGAUGUUACGAUCCCAAUCACCUCGGUUAAACAGGUUCAAGAUCGUUUUACUAAUGUGCUUUUUGGUUAUUUUCUGGGGAAAAGACUAGCGUUCCCGGUUGUGGAAUAUUUUGUUAGCCAAAGAUGGGGGAAAUAUGGUAUGCAAAAGUGUAUGAUGAAUGGAAAAGGCUUUUUCUUUUUUAAAUUCAAGUCUAAGGAUGGUAUGGAGCAAGUUUUGCAAGAUGGUCCAUGGCUUAUCAGGAACAUCCCGCUAUUUUUGAAACAAUGGUCUCCGAAUACGGAAUUGAAGAAAGAAGAGCUAAAAAAGGUUCCAGUUUGGGUUAAAAUGCAUGAUGUUCCAUUGGCGGCUUAUACUGAGGAUGGUCUAAGUCUGAUUGCUUCGAAGGUGGGAACUCCUAAAAUGUUGGAUAAUGAGACAACUAAAAUGUGUUUAGACUCGUGGGGCAGAAGUGGAUACGCUAGAGCGAUAGUUGAACUGGAUGCGGAUAAGGAUUUGAUAGAAAACGUUACUGUAGCAAUUCCAAAUGUAGAAGAGGGUGGGUACCUCAAGAGUAGCAUCCAUUUGGAGUAUGAAUGGAAACCACCACAGUGUAAAACUUGCAAGGUGUUUGGCCAUGGAAUGCAUGAAUGUCCUUUACAACCUGCCGAUGAUAAGGGUCCGAAUACUAAAGAUAAGGUGGAUGACCAGGGAUUUAAAAGUGGUAACAACAGGAAGAAAAAUAAGAACCAGCAGUUUAAUGUGAAGGAAAAACAACGACUUAUCUACCGACCAAAGAACAUGAACUCAGCAAACUCGGGGGUACCUAAAGACACGAAUGCUUCAAAACCGAGUUUCUCAGAAGGUACGAUUGGUUCUAAGGGUCCGAGUAUUCGAACUUCUAACACUUUUGAUGCGUUAAAUAAUAUGGAUGAUGAAUACGGAGCUGAGAUGGAUGAGGUGCAAGCACACCUGCUCAAGAGGUUAUUAAUGGAUAGUAUAGCAGCUUGGAAUGUUAGGGGUUUGAACCAUCCCCUUAAACAAAAAGAGGUUCAGAAGUUUGUAAAGGGUAAUAACUUACAAGUGAUUGCUAUUCUGGAGUCGCAUGUUCAGGUGGAGAAUCUUGAUGGGGUGUGUAAGAAGGUGUUUCGGAAUUGGGAUUGGACAUCAAAUGGUAGAUUGUGUAACAAAGGUACGCGAAUUAUUCUAGGAUGGAAUGUGGAUAAUGUGGACGUAUUGGUGGUGCACGCUACAAACCAAGUCAUUCAUGUUCAAGUCUAUUUUAAAAGUGAUAAAACUAUGAUAAAUGUGUCUUUUGUUUACGCUAGUAACAGUGAUCAGGAGAGGAAACAGCUUUGGGAUUCGAUGAGAAUGCACAAGAGAGUAGUUCAGUCUAGUCCGUGGAUCAUCAUGGGGGACUUUAACGUGGCCCUUAAUCUGGAUGAUAAGUGCAUGGGAUCGUCGGAUGUAAAUGCAGCUAUGAGAGAGUUCAAUGAAUGUGUGAACUACGUUGAGGUGUUUGACGUUAGAGCUCAUGGGAUGCACUACACGUGGAAUCAACGGCCAAAAAAAGGUAUUGGAAUUCGAAAGAAGUUAGACCGAAUCAUGGCAAAUGUGAGUUUUGUUGAUAAGUUUGUGGAUGCAUAUGCCAUGUUCCUUCCGAAUGGUAUUUCGGAUCAUUGUCCGGGGUUGUUGAAAAUUCAAAUGGCCAAACAGAAUAAGCCAAAGCCGCUCAAGUUUACUAAUCUCUUGACACAUAAAAGCGAGUUUUUGGAUGUGGUAGCAAGUGGCUGGAAUAUGGAGGUUCUUGGGGUUCCAAUGUUUCGUGUUGUCAAGAAAUUAAAAGGGCUCAAACAUCCGUUACGAGUUUUACUGAGGAAACAAGGUAAUUUGCACAAAAAAGUAGCUGAUUUAAAGUCAGAAUUGGAAAAUUUGCAAGGUAGGUUGGAUGCGGAUCCAUUCAAUGUGGAUCUUAAAGAAGCUGAAUCAGUGUGUGUAAUGAAAUACAAGGAGGCUACGAUAGAUGAGGAGAGAUUUUUGAAACAAAAAGCUAAGCAAAAGUGGCUUGAAGCUGGGGACUCAAAUACCGCUUUUUUCCAUAACGUAGUGAAAUGUCGCAACCAUAUCAAUAAGAUUAAUUUCAUAAAAGAUACGGCUGGAAAUAGUUAUGAUGGGGACGAGGUUUCUAUGGCAUUGGUUAAUCAUUUCCGAGAUUUUUUGGGCGCAGAAGGGGGUAUGGCUACCCGAGUAAAUCAGGAUUGCUUCUCGGUCACUUUGAAUCCUAUCGUGGCAGAAUCCAUGUGUAGACCAAUUGUUACAGAAGAAGUGAAAGCUGCUAUUUUUUCUAUCAACGAGAACAAGGCUCCGGGCCCCGAUGGUUUUACGUCGGAAUUCUUUAGAAAAUCUUGGUCGAUUGUUGGAGGUGAUGUUACGGCUGCUAUCAUUGAUUUCUUUCAAUCUGGUAGGUUGCUUCAGGAGAUCAAUCACACGUUUUUAGCUCUAAUUCCAAAAGUCUCUACUCCCGGAAUAGUUACUGACUAUAGACCUAUCUCGUGCUGCAAUGUGAUUUAUAAAGGAAUUAGCAAGAUUAUUACGAAUAGAAUUCUUGAAGGCUUAAAGGAUCUUAUAAGUGAAAAUCAGUCAGCUUUUGUUCCAGGUAGGAGGAUUUCAGACAAUAUAAUGUUGACCCAAGAGCUUAUGUAUAAUUAUCAUCGGCAAAGGGGUCCCCCGAGAUGUGCUAUGAAAGUUGAUAUUCAGAAAGCGUACGACACUGUGGAUUGGAGAUUUUUACGAGAUGUUUUGCAUGGGUUUGGUUUUCGGCCAAGGUUUAUAUCGUGGAUUAUGGAGUGUAUUACUUCAACGUCUUUCUCCGUGAGUGUAAACGGUAAUGUUUAUGGAUACUUCAAAGGCAAACGAGGCUUACGACAAGGAGAUCCUAUGUCUCCGUACCUGUUUACAAUGGUUAUGGAAGUCCUAACGAUGAUAUUAAACAAAAAUGCUCAGCUUGACCCGUCGUUUCGGUUCCACACCAAAUGUGAGAAACAAAUGAUAAUUAACAUGUGUUUUGCAGAUGAUCUCAUUUUAUUUGCUAGAGGGGAUGUCGCCUCGGUAAAGCUUAUUAUGCGUUCCUUGAAGCAGUUUGAAGAGUGCUCGGGUCUUGUGCCUAGUAAUGCGAAAAGUACCAUAUUUUUUUGCAAUGUGCCAGAUUCGACCAAGACUAGAAUAGCUGAAGUGGUUCCUUUUGAGGAGGGGAAACUUCCUAUUAAAUACUUGGGUGUGCCUUUGAUUGCGUCACGUUUGUUACGAAAGGAUUGCAAAGUUUUGGUGGAGCGUGUGGAUAAACGAAUCAAUGACUGGAAGAACCGUUUUCUUUCGUUUGCUGGUAAGCUUCAACUGGUGGUUUCUGUGCUUUCUUCGAUACAUGUAUAUUGGGCGUCGGUCUUUAUUCUGCCAGUUAGUAUUAUAAAACAGUUGGAGAACAAAAUGAAAGAGUUUUUAUGGGGUAAUGGUUCGGGUUCAAAGGGUAGAGCUAAAGUGGCAUGGAAGGAGGUGUGUCUUCCAAAGAUGGAAGGUGGGUUGGGCAUAAGGCGGAUAUCGGAUGUCAAUAAAUCUCUGAUGGCGUAUCAUAUUUACAGCAUUCUUUCGGGUAGGAAGUCGUUGUGGACUACCUGGAUAGAGUUGUAUAGGCUGCGCGGCCGGAGUAUAUGGGACAUACCGGUUCAAGUUAAUUCUCCUUGGGGCUGGAAACGUCUUAUGAAAUGUAAAGAUAUUUUUCGUGAGCAUUUAUGGACGAAGAUUGGUAAUGGUCAUAGCACAUCGCUUUGGUUUGAUAAAUGGACGUCCGAGUGCCCGUUGCAAUAUAUAGUGACUCCUCGUCAGAUGGCUCGAUAUGGUUUUAAUAUCAAAUCUAAAGUGGUUGAGGCGAUUAGUGACGGCCAGUGGCUUUGGCCGGAAGCUUGGAGAAGCGUCUACCCGAUCCUAUUUCAGCUCCAACCUCUUAACUUGGCGGAUACAAAGGAUAGAGUUUUAUGGAUGAAUUCGGAUAACAAGCUGGUUCCGUUCUCAUCUAGGGAGGUUUGGGAUUCUAUUCGAUGGCGUGAUCAGCAAACAUCAUGGGCGAAGGUUGUUUGGUCCGCUUUCAAUAUUCCAAAACAUGCGUUCCUUUGCUGGCUUAUUUACAAGAAGAAGCUAUGGACACAAGACCGGAUUCUUCGUUGGAACCAUACGGUAACAGGUUCGAUGAAUCUCAUGUGCUGUUUAUUAUGUUAUUCAGGGUUAGAGAACCAUGAGCACCUUUUCUUUGAGUGCCCUUACUCGAAGAUGGUAUGGCGUAAAGUGAGGAAAAAAACCCGAAUGGAUACGGUUCGAGAAACAUGGGAUGACAUCACUUCGAAGCUUGUAGCUGCGGCAAACUCGAGAUCGGUUUAUGCUGUGGCUAGUAGAUUAGUGGUGGCAGCUUCAGCUUAUGCUAUUUGGAGGGAAAGAAACUCGAAACUCUUCAAAAACAAGCUGAGACCCCCGGAGCAACUUGCUGAUGAUAUUAUCGACACUGUCAGAUUAAAGUUAACUUCUUUCAAAUACAAGCGGAAUGUGAAUGUCAAGCGGUUCUUGGAAGAAUGGAUGAUGGAUAAGGAAGAAUUCUUGGAUGAAGAGUGA